AUGCAGAUCCUCACCCCCCAGCCGGUAGCUGACGCCUUGGAGGAAGGCCACGGGUACCUGCCGGACCGGGCGGUUAGUGAUGUGGACGACCCCGACUUGGGGGCGGCCGCCAUGGAGGAGGACGACGCCACAGGUGGCGGUGGUGGAGCAGGCGGCUCCGGAGGAGGGGUGGCCUUGAUGAAUGUCCAGACGACGACGGGGAGGAGGUCGAGCCGCGCCGCCCACCUGGCGCCAACAAGGCGGGCGCGAGUUCCUCAGCUGCGCCAGCCGCACCAGGCGGCGCGCGGAAGGACGGCGGAGGGCUCCACCAACGCCCGCCGCGUAGACCUGCGCGCCGAGCUCCUGGCAGCAACGGAGCGGAACGCGCAGGAGGUGUGCAAGGAGCGGGAGAGGGCGGAGAAGGACAAGGUGGACGCGGCCAAGUCGACACAGGAGAAGGCCGACGCAGCGGCGAAGGCCCAGGCGGACGCCGCGGCUAGGGCCCAGGCGGAUGCGACUGCCAAGGUGCAAGCAGAGGAGGCGGCCCAUGGCUGA